GUCCGAUUACUGACUUCCCCCGACCUCAUAAAAACCCGCUACAAAAACCCUAGACGCUCCUCCUGCGAGAGAGAGAGAGAGAGAGAGAGAAAAAUCUGCCGUUGGCCACCACCGCCGAGUCGUCUUCUUAGCAGAGAUACCACCCGUGAGUGCAGAGAAAUGGGCGGGGAAGAAGUCAAGGCCAUCAUUCCUGAGUCGGUAUUGAAGAAGCAGAAGAGAAAUGAGGAGUGGGCAUUGGCUAAAAAGCAAGAGCUUGAAUCCGCCAAGAAAAAGAAUGCUGAGAACAGGAAAUUGAUCUACAAUAGGGCAAAGCAAUAUGCUAAGGAGUAUGCCAAGCAGGAAAAGGAGCUAAUUCAAUUGAAGCGUGAAGCAAAGUUGAGAGGAGGAUUUACGUUACCGGAAGCUAAACUUUGUUUAUCAUUCAUCCGUGGUAUCAAUGCCAUGCACCCAAAAACGAGAACGAUCUUGCAGUUAUUGAGACUAAGACAGAUCUUUAAUGGGGUGUUUCUCAAAGUCAAUAAAGCAACCGUGAACAUGCUUCACAGGGUCGAACCCUAUGUGACUUUUGGAUAUCCUAACUUGAAGAGCGUGAGGGAACUGAUAUACAAAAGGGGCUAUGGGAAGCUCAACAAGCAGAGAAUUGCUUUGACGGACAACUCCAUCAUUGAACAGGCCUUGGGUACACAUGGAAUUAUCUGCGCAGAAGAUCUCAUCCAUGAGAUAAUGACAGUGGGACCUCAUUUUAGGGAAGCCAAUAACUUCCUAUGGCCCUUUAAGCUCGAGGCACCACUGGGUGGACUCAAGAAGAAAAGGAAUCAUUAUGUUGAAGGUGGAGAUGCUGGCAACCGUGAGAACUAUAUCAACGAAUUGAUCCGUAGAAUGAAUUAAGCUUUUUUAUACCGUGAUCAAAUUCAAUGUGGAAUUUUGAACGUUUGGUUGGUUUUACAUCGUUUUUGAGUUAAGACUGCUCAGUUUUGAAAUCAGAGAGUCUCAAGUUUAGAGAUCCUAUCCUAUGACAAUUGAGAUACAUCCUUUGCUUUGCUUUUGGCUGUUACAUGUUUUCCUCAGUCCUUAAUGGUAUGUUGCAGAUGGUUUAGAGCAUUAGAACUGGCACAAUAUAUAUGAGAAUUAUUGUGCUGAGUACA